AUGGGGUUACGGUCCUACUCUACCAUCUUCCCAGCCAACCCUCCUGAAAGUCUUGUUAAACAUUUCCUGGAUUCGGCUCCUCUGGCUUAUGAGCCAUUUUCUACUCUUGCUAUGAUAUAUGAGGACCAAGGUGACAUGGAAAAAUCUCUUCAGUUUGAGUUGAUUGCUGCACAUUUAAAUCCUAGUGACACCGAAGAAUGGGUUAGAUUGGCAGAAAUGUCUCUGGAACAAGACAAUAUUAAGCAGGCUAUUUUUUGCUACACAAAAGCUCUUAAAUAUGAACCUACUAAUGUCCGUUAUCUGUGGGAGCGAUCAAGCCUUUAUGAACAGAUGGGAGAUCAUAAGAUGGCAAUGGAUGGUUAUAGGCGUAUUUUAAACCUUUUGUCUCCAUCUGAUGGAGAACGUUUUAUGCAAUUGGCUAGAGAUAUGGCAAAGAGUUACUAUGAAGCCAAUGAUGUUACUUCAGCUAUUAAUAUAAUUGAAGAAGCUUUCUCAAAACAUCAGGGCCUUGUCUCCAUGGAAGAUGUUAACAUAGCAGCUGAACUAUACAUUUCUAACAAACAUUACGACAAAGCUUUGGAGGUAAUUACAGAUUUUUCUGGAAUUGUGCUGGAAAAAAAUGCAGAAGAAGGAACUUCAGAAGAGAAUAAAGCUGGUGAGAAUGUUACCUGCGCCAUACCUGAUGGUGUGCCAAUAGAUAUCACAGUGAAGUUGAUGGUCUGCCUUGUACAUCUCAACAUCCUCGAACCACUUAAUCCUCUUUUGACAACACUAGUGGAACAGAAUCCUGAAGAUAUGGGAGACCUCUAUCUAGAUGUUGCUGAAGCUUUUCUGGAUGUUGGUGAAUAUAAUUCUGCACUUCCCCUCCUUAGUGCACUAGUCUGCUCUGAAAGAUACAACCUUGCAGUAGUUUGGCUUCGGCAUGCAGAAUGUUUAAAGGCCUUAGGCUAUAUGGAACGUGCUGCGGAAAGCUAUGGCAAAGUGGUUGAUCUGGCCCCUCUUCAUUUGGAUGCAAGAAUUUCACUUUCCACCCUUCAGCAGCAGCUGGGCCGUCCUGAGAAAGCUCUGGAAGCUCUGGAACCAAUGUAUGAUCCAGAUACUUUAGCACAAGAUGCAAAUGCUGCACAGCAGGAACUGAAGUUACUGCUUCAUCGUUCUACUCUGCUGUUUUCUCAAGGCAAAAUGUGUGGUUAUGUGGACACCUUACUUACCAUGUUAGCCAUGCUUUUAAAGGGCUUUUCCUUUCUUAAUCGAUACCUCAGUAUACGUGGACCUUGCCAGGAAUCAUUCUAUAAUUUGGGCCGUGGCCUUCACCAACUGGGGCUGAUUCAUCUUGCAAUCCACUAUUAUCAGAAGGCCCUGGAACUCCCUCCACUUGUGGUAGAGGGUAUAGAAGUUGACCAGUUAGACUUGCGAAGAGAUAUUGCCUACAACUUGUCUCUCAUUUAUCAGAGCAGUGGGAACAUUGGAAUGGCUCAAAAGCUUUUGUAUACCUAUUGCUGUAUAUAAAGUACCUCAACUGAGAAAGAAGCAUUGGUGCUCUGUGUGUGGACCAGUAUUUUCUAAGGGCUUAUUUAGUAUUAACCCCAAACCGGAAAUGACAGUUUCAGAAUUAUCUGUGUAUUUAAUAUGUGAUAAUCUUUUGAUAUGGAAAAUUAUCAUUCCUAUAAGAAUUUGUACAUUCUUCUGUCAUUUUCUUUUAGUAUUUUUUAGUAAAAUUGUCCCCAAAGGUGAAAUGGAGAAUGUUAGCCUUUAAGCCAACUUGGGGUUAAAUAUGCUAAUUUUUUACUCAUACCAUUUAUUCAUCUGUGCAUUCAGUACUAAACACCUGUGUACCAUGCCCUGUGAUGGGUGCUUGGAAUACAGUAGUAGGGCAGAAGUGACCUCUCAAUACAGUUCUUUAAAUACACAACUUGAAUAUAUAUUCAUUUGAAAGAGAUGUUUCUGCAUUUUCUGCUUACAUUAUCAUGUUGAGUCAUCCACUUAUUUGUGCUCUGUUGCUAUUGCACAGGCAGUUUCUCAACUAUAUGGAAAAGGAGGUUGCUUAUUAAAGGAAAGACCAAUUGGGACGCUUUCUCAUAGCAACACAAUUAUGUAAUUCACUUGGCUCCUAAGAAAAUUAUUUGAAGUGGUUAUGUGGUAGGAAGACACAUAAUUGAGUUAAUCUUUUACUUUUCACCUGCAUAUAUCUUAGUUGUACAGAUCGAGACCUGGGAGGCUGGCAUAAUUCAAAACAUCCUGUUCUGAGGCAGAUAAAAAAAUGCAUUACCAGUGUUGGUGGCUUUCUGACAAAAAAAUAGAAAAGACAGGACCACAUUCAAUAAUGUGACCUAGUUUGCAUUUCAAGAUCAGUAGGAAUGUAGGAAGACUAGGGAAUUAUAUGUAUGGAAUAAAGUAUUGCUGUGAUAAACUACAAAAAGUAGAUUAAAAUUUUUUUAUUAAAUAUGGUAUGUUCUUGAAUCUAAGAUAAUACUUUUAAGAUAUACUAUUGGUUUACUAACAGCUUUCGAGAGUUUCUUUUUAGGGGAAAAAUGCUGUAAUAAAUGUGCGUGUGGAUUAUAAGACCCAGUCUAAUCGUGGGAGGGAAACAAGUAAGAGACUUAGGAUCAAAGAAAUACAAUGAGGGCUUUUUGGGAAUUCUUAACUCCUCUUUAUCCUGUAUACAUAACUUUGUAGUUGAAAAGCAAAAUUCAUAUGUAAUAAGUAAAUGUAUCAUGCACUCUGCAUGUGUGUAUUUAAAUGUGUAUAUAAUUUAAAUAAAUUCUAUUUUUAUAAUUAAA